UUGAGCGCAGACCGGUGUAGCGGAAUGCGCGAAGAUUAUACUGGGUGGAAUAACGAGAGCCCGUGAGAUUUUUGUGAGAAUUUUUGGCAUUUGCGAAACUAAUCAGAACAUCUGAAUUCUGAGUUUGCAUUGCUAGAGCCGACUGACAUUUUUAUUUUUUAUUUUGCACGUUAUUUAUGAAAUGACAGCACGAUAUUUUUGAACGGACGGGACCUCAAACCAUUAGUGAACCGGCUUGCGUUCACAAUCAGCCGUUGAACAGUAGGCUACAAUUUGAUUGAAGGACGCCAUGGCAGAGCUCACUCAGGGUGGCAGCAGUCUGCAGAGGAAGAAGCCGCCCUGGCUCAAGCUGGACAUCCCCAAAACCCAGGUGUCUCUGGACGAGCCGCCCAGUUUCGCCCAGGUGAAGAGGCAGGCGUUCCUCCGUAGCGUCAGCAUGCCGGUGGAGGGCACGCGCUUCCAGUCUCCGCCCUUUGACCCCCGUCGCCCCGCCCUGCAGAGGCAGACCUCCAUCACACAGACCAUCAAGAGCAGUAAGAGGGUGCACUUUGACCGGAUUCACACUGUGCCGGUUAAGGGUCCGCGCGCGGCACGGAGAGGCUCCCGGAGGCCCCACUCCCUGUCCAAAAUCUUCCUCAGGGGUACGGCAGACUGGUUUGGCAUUGGCCGAGAUGGCGACACUACGCAGCGCUGGCAGAGGAAGAGCCUGCAGCACUGCAGCCUGCGCUAUGGCAAGCUGAAGCCCCACGCCAUGCGCGACAUGGACCUGUCCAGCCAGGACAACCUGUCACUCACCAGCACCGAGACACCGCCCCCCCUCUACGUCCCCGCCUCCCAGCGCGGCAUGCAGAAGAUAGUAGACCCCCUGGCGCGGGGUCGGGCCUUCCGCAUGGUGGAGGAGCUGGACGGGCACAGCGGGCCCCAGACGCCGGCCACGCCCGGCGGUACCUCCAUCUGCUCCUGCUCCAGCUCCCGCUCAGGCGCCGCCCGCCUGCCCCGCCGACGCAAGAGGGAGUCCGUGGCCCGGAUGAGCUUCCGCGCCGCCGCCGCGCUGGUCAAGGGCCGGUCGCUGCGGGAGGGCACGGUGUAUCGCACUCAGAGGAGGAGUUUCACUCCGUCCGUCUUCCUGGAGGAGGAGGGAGUGGAGAUGCCCGGGGAGCUGGACACCUCCUUCUUUACCAGGGACCGCUCUGUGAGGGAGGAGCUGUGUUCGUACGCAGACGAGGUGUUUGAGUCGGCCUCUAAUGGCCUGGUCAAAGAGGCGGAGCCACUGCGGGUGGCGGAGGACAGCGACCUGACGGGCAGCGCUCUGGACAAGAACGAGCUGGAGAGGAGUCACCUGAUGAUGCCCCUGGAGCGCGGUUGGAGGAAGAGCAGAGAAGGACCCCCGGCCCCGGCCAAGGUGCCGCUGCGGCAGGAAGUGGUCAGCGUAGAGGGCCAGCGGCGGGGCCAGCGGAUCGCCCUGCCCGUUAAGAAGCUGUUCGCCCGCGAGAAGAGGCCCUACGGCCUGGGCAUGGUGGGCAAGCUCACCAACCGCACCUACCACAAGCGCAUCGACAGCCACGUGCAGCGGCAGAUCCAGGACAUGGACGACCACAGGCCGUUCUUCACGUACUGGAUCACCUUCGUCCACCUGCUGAUCACCGUCCUGGCCGUAUGCAUCUAUGGCAUCGCCCCGGUCGGCUUCUCCCAGCACGAGACCAUCGAUUCGGUUCUAAGAAAUAAAGGUGUUUAUGAAAAUGUUAAAUUUGUUCAACAAGAGAACUUCUGGAUUGGACCAAGUUCGGAGGCGCUGAUUCACCUGGGGGCCAAGUUCUCCCCCUGCAUGCGGCAGGACCAGCAGGUGCAUCAGCUGAUCCGGGAGAAGCGGGGGCAGGAGAGCAACUCGGCCUGCUGCGUGCGCAACGACCGCUCCGGCUGCGUGCAGACGGCUGCCGACGAGUGCUCCACGACGCUGGCCGUGUGGGUGAAAUGGCCGGGACACCCCAGUGCCCCUCCCCUGGGGGGAAAGGUGCGUCAGCAUGGCUCUGUGUGCCACCAGGACCCCAGGAUUUGUCUGGAGCCUGCCUCUGUGCCUCCUCACGAGUGGCCCGAUGACAUCACCAAGUGGCCGAUCUGCACCAGGUACAGCACUGGAAACCACACCAACCUGCCCCACAUGGACUGUGCCAUCACUGGGCGGCCCUGCUGCAUCGGCACCAAAGGGAGGUGUGAGAUAACAUCCCGGGAGUACUGUGACUUCAUGAAGGGCUACUUCCAUGAGGAGGCCACGCUCUGUUCCCAGGUGCACUGCAUGGAUGACGUGUGCGGGCUCCUGCCCUUCCUGAACCCAGAAAUCCCAGACCAGUUCUACAGGCUGUGGCUAUCCCUCUUCCUGCACGCGGGAAUCCUCCAUUGCCUGGUGUCGGUGGGGUUCCAGAUGACCAUCCUGAGGGACCUGGAGAAGCUGGCGGGCUGGCUGCGCAUCUCCAUCAUCUACAUCCUGAGCGGCAUCACCGGCAACCUGGCCAGCGCCAUCUUCCUGCCCUACAGAGCCGAGGUGGGUCCUGCGGGCUCUCAGUUCGGGAUCCUGGCCUGCCUGUUUGUGGAGCUGUUCCAGAGCUGGCAGAUCCUGGCGCAGCCGUGCCGGGCCCUGGCCAAGCUGCUGUGCCUGGUGCUGCUGCUGUUCGCCUUCGGCCUGCUGCCCUGGAUCGACAACUUCGCCCACACCUUCGGCUUCGGCUCGGGCCUGCUGCUGUCCUUCGCCUUCCUGCCUUACAUCAGCUUCGGCCGCGCCGACAUGUACCGCAAGCGCUGCCAGAUCCUGGCCUCGCUGGCCGCCUUCCUGGGGCUCCUCUCCGGGCUGGCCGUGCUCUUUUACGUGCGGCCCUUCAAGUGCGACUGGUGCGAGCUGCUCACCUGCAUCCCCUUCACCGACACCUUCUGCGGGAAGUACGACCUCAACGCGCACCUCCACUGAGCUCCUGCGGGGGGGGGGCAGCGUCGGGCGGGGACGGAGCGCAGGCCGACGGACGAGGCCCAGUUUGAGCAUAGCUGCCCCCCCCCUCCACCGUUUCUGUAAAACUGUGACGAUAUGGUUUUUCUAUUUUUUGUUAUUUUUUUAACGAUCGUACUUAACGUUACGGACACUGCCCACCCCAUCGGCAGUUGUUUGUAGCCCCGAGGACCCUUAUUGCGUUCCUCUGACCAAUAUUCCUCCGUGAGCCAGUCCUUCUGGAAUGAACGCUACGCACUGCUCCUUCUGGUAUGGCCCAAACCGCCAACCGAGGCCCACUGUACCCUCUGACCUUUGACCUGCGCGAGAGACAGGGCUGGCUCUGGUGCACCAGAGAACGGAUGUCCCCCCUCGUCUUUUAUUUCAUCCUUUUUUUUACUUUUUAUUUCUCACUUUUUUAAAAAGUUCUUCCUAGACCUGGCCUGGGUUCUUAUUUGUCAUCAGGCACCUUCUGAGGCACCUAAACUACCAGGGAAAAAAUACUCAACUCAAGACAACGGACACAAGCCGUCUGUGCCUUGAUAGAGUACUGCCAUAUUUUUGUUAUUGUUGCCCGAGCGGCCGAAUGUUAACGGUUUUAUUUGUUUUGUUUAUUGCUUAUGAAGCAGUGAUGAAAGGCCAAGCCGGGCUGCGUUUUAGCCGCCCGCCCACUGACUCGUAAAGUAACCUGACAAUACAGCCACGGAAAACCUCAAACCCCGCCUUCCGGAGUGUUCUGUCUCUGUCUGUCCUGUGUGUUCUUCAUACUGAGCAGAUCUCCUGCCCUGUGUCUGAUUUCAGUGAUUUGUCCACAGCCUGUUUAAGGGAUAAAACCAUGUCACUAGCAUGCACCCUAUCCCGUUUGUUAAGUUCCAUUAUCUGUACAUAAAAGAAAACCCCACGAACCAUUGUGCUAAUCAAUAAUACAUCGGUUAUAAUCGGGUGAUAAGUUUGAAAAUGUCUGGUUUUGUGUGUGUGGUUUGGUAUGCUCGGUCAAAAUGCAGUUGUGAUAUAUAUGUAGGUGAUGGGUGAUUUACUCAGUAUUGUGCAGGUAUGUUAGAGUAUUUAUUAUCACCAGUCUCAUUUCCACACCUUUUCUUUAUCCACAUUUCUCAUGGGACCAGUAGCCAAAGCUUGUAGAUGCCUUAUGCCUUUGUGUCCAAAAGACUGUCUGAGCCAAUCGGAGGAUCUCAUUUAACUCUCAACACAAAGAUUAUUAUUAGUUUUUAUUUUUUUAUUUUUUUACCUCUUAACUUUUUCAAAAAUGAUUUAUUGUUUCCGCACCAAAAAAACAAAAGAAUGAUUCAUGGAGCAAGCAGGCAUGAUAGAAACAUUAUGGAAGCAUUAUAUAAACGUACAAAGGACAUAUGUACAGUGCAAGCAGCAUGUGGGCACCUUUGAGCAUAAUUCAACUGUUCUAAUUCUUAAGGCAUACAUACAUACCGGCUCUAUACACUCACCGAGCACUUUAUUAGGUUUAUUUAUUAGACUUAUUUUUUAGACUUAUGCUGCUGUAGCCUAUCCACUUAGAGAUGCAUUGUGUGUUCAGAGAUGCUCUUCUGCAUACCACUGUUAUUUGCGUUACUGUCACCUUCCUGUCAGCUUUGACCAGUCUGGCCAUUCUACUCUGACGUCUCAUUAACAAGGUGUUUCUGUUUGCAGAACUGCUGCUCACUGGAUUUUUUUGUUGAUUUUUUACACCAUUCUUUGCAAAUUAUAGAGACUAGUGUGCAUGAAAAUCCCAGGAGAUCAGCAGUUUCUGAGAUGCUCAAACCACCGUCUGCCACCAACAAUCAUUUCACGGUCAAAGUCACCAAGAUCACAUUUUUUCCCCAUUCUGAUGGUUGAUGUGAACAUUAACGGAAGCUGCUGACCUGUAUCUACAUGAUUGUAUGCAUUGCACUGCUGCCACACAAUUGGUUGAUUAGAUAAUUGAAUUAAUAAUUAGGUGUAAUAAAGUAAAAAUGUUCCUAAUCAAGUGCUUGGUGAGUGUACAUAUUAACAUUCCAGAAAUGCAGUUGUUCAAACAGCAUGUAUUUAUUUGACAUUAGAACUUGAUUAUCAGUCCAGCUAGUGGUGUGUUGUUGUAUUUGUAGCACUGGACUUGGCAGACAAUGAAUGUAAACCAUCUGUGGACUGGUUUGUUCACUGGUUGUUUGCACAUUUAACACAGCUUCCUGUUUGUUUUGAAAUUUCCACAGUGCUAAUGAAUGUAUCCUUCCCUUUUAAUUGUGUGACAAUAAUGCCAGAAAACUUAUUUUGCAUGAUGGUGGCAUAGAUCCUCUACACUAACCAGAUGCUCAGCUCAGGAUUGGUUAAACAGAAAAUUUGUUUCAGCUUCAACUGCAGAGAACAUUCUCGUUUAAUGCAUUCUAUGACCAUAAAGGGGUGUGACAAAUGACAGUACCAAUGGUGCUGGAUGUUCUUUCAUUGGCAGGCCUCUUCAUGAAUAUUCAUGAAUUGCAGCAACAAGAAACUCCUGCCACUAACUGGAACCUAAGGCUGGGCUAAGGAUUAAAGGGACAGUUCAAUAUUUUUUAGGCCGAGGUCUGCUGAGUUUCUCAUCAGAAAUGAUGUAAUAAAUUGGGGACAUGUUGGGCUCAAAA